UGAUCAGUUCAUUUUUAACUCCCUUAUCCUGAAGGAAAAUCUUCAAAGCGGAGGAAUAUCUCAAACACUAGGAGUAAUGGUUACACUCUCCAAUCCAAUUGAAAUCUAUCCCCUUCUAAAACCCCCACUUCUCCUCCAUAAGACCACCACUCUCCAUUUCUCUCAAUUUCUCAGUAACACCACUUCUCUCAAAAACAAACUUGCUUUCACUUAUAAACCCUUAACCAUUGACCCAAUCCGCACUGACCGAUACCUAAUCACAGCUAGUGUUGCAAACCACACUGUUUCCUCCGCCUCAACAUCUGAGAUCGACAUGGUCAAGAAUAGGCAAGGAGUCUACACUUCCAAACGGCCUAAAGUCGUCGUUUUAUGGGACCUCGAUAACAAGCCGCCGCGUGGCCCUCCUUAUCCGGCUGCAAUGGCACUUAAGCAGCUCGCACAAAGGUUCGGGGAAAUUAUUGAGAUGUCAGCUUACGCCAAUCGCCAUGCUUUUAUCCAUCUUCCCCAUUGGGUCGUAGAGGAACGCCGCAGGAAGAAACAGUUCGAUAUUCUUGAAAGGAAAGGGCUUAUCGCUUCUUCCGAAACCCACAUUUGUGGGGUCUGUGGUCGCAAGUGUAAGACUAGUAUGGAUCUUAAAAAGCAUUUUAAGCAGCUUCAUGAGCGUGAAAGACAAAAGAAAUUGAACAGGAUGAAGUCGCUGAAAGGAAAGAAACGGCAGCGUUUUAAGGAGAGAUUCAUUUCUGGGAAUCAUAAGUAUAACGACGAGGCAAGGAGAUUACUAACGCCGAAAGUUGGGUAUGGGUUGGCGGAAGAGUUGAGGAGAGCAGGAGUUUAUGUGAAGACUGUGGAGGAUAAGCCACAAGCGGCGGAUUGGGCAGUGAAGAGACAGAUCCAGCAUUCAAUGAGCAGAGGAGUUGAUUGGUUAUUUCUGAUAUCGGAUGAUUCAGAUUUCUCCGACAUUUUGAGGAGGGCAAGGGAGGCGAAUUUGAGGACGGUGGUUGUAGGGGACAGGGGUAGGGCAUUGGGGAGGCAUGCUGAUCUGUGGGUGCCAUGGAUUGGGGUUGAGAAUGGAGAGGUGACAGAGAAUGACUUGGUGCCAAAGAGUAGAAGCAGCGAGUAUUUUGAGGAGAAUAGCGGAUCAUAUUCUGUUUCAGAUUUUGAUGGCGAUAUUGGUGUUGAGAGUGAUACGUAUGACGUCCUUAAUGAUCUUGCUCGUGCAGCUUCUGAAUGGAAUGGUGCGAGAAUUUCAGUGUUUUCAGAAGGAGAAGAAGAAGAGGAGGAUCAGGAUUAUAUGUUGUGGGACAGUGAGGAUGAGGAAAUUGAAGAGGAAAAUGGAGACUUUUUGGUCUGGUAAAUUUAGUGAGGGUUGAACUUGUGAUUUAGGGGGCAUAUAUUGUUUUGUGGAUUUGCACAGCUGGUUUUGCUGAAAAGAAUCGUGCUCUGAAGAUGGUAAAAACAGAUGAGCUUGUACAAUGUUAGUAGUAGUAGUAAGGCUGUUUAAGAAAGUUCUGAAAUACUGAACAAAACCACACACAUGGCUUCCUUCUUUAUCAAACUUCAUUCGUGAUCAUAUGUGGAGGUUGAUGCUGAUGGCAUCUAAUUUUGCAAAAUGGUAUAUGUCUAACCCCAAUUUACCUGUGUGUGUGUGUGACUCUGUGUGCGAACAUUUUCACUUUUACCUUCGGUACUAGAAUUAAUCCAUAUAACUUGUAUGCUAAAUAAUAACCAUAAGAUUGAUAUCAAUUCUCGCUUCUUUUAUUUUA